GGUGGCAGUUCCCAGGAGUCUAUUACUCUGUAUUAUUCAAACAUCCAUCUAUUGCUUUACCAUUUUAACAGUGACUUUAUCUUUCCUAUCAUGAGCCCACUUUCAGUAGCGGAAGUACUGAGAUCUUGUACUUGAAUGAAAGUUGUAAUACCACGAUGUAAAAAAAAAAAAAAGUAAAGUCAAGUAAAGUAAAAGUCAUGCAUUUACUAAAUUUUCACUUCAGUAGAAGUACAAAAGUAUUAGCAAGAGAAUGUACAAAGUACCAAAAGUAAAAGUAAUCAUUAUGCAGAAUUACAUAUUUGAGACUUUUCUGCACACUUAAAUUGUCACUGAAGUUGUAUUGUCUCCUUAAAACAUGACAAGGCUACUAAUGCAGCCUAAAGUUGUUGUAGACUUACAAAAAGUCUUAAAAAAAACACUAAUAAACAAAACACUAAUUAACAUGAUAGACAAGAAUAGAAAUAAAUCUGCUAAAAGUUGAAGCAUUGGGUUAAAAAUCCCUUGCACUCUUGACAAAGUACACUGCAGCUGUAAUAAUGUAAAAUAUUCAUUUUAACUUGCAUAAUCUGUAUUUGUUUUGUUUUUUUUCAGCAGAGUAAUUAAUAAUUAACAUGCAGGGGAAUCAUAGAGUGAAAACAAGCACGCUUGUCAUGUUGUCUCAGAAGUGCCCUGAAUGCGUCGCAUCACGUGAGCGAAAAGGGGAAGUUGAUGCAUCAACGACAUGAGCCGCCUGCUGCUUGGAGCCGUGUUGCUGGGCGUCACAGUGCAAGCCUCCGUAGACCAGAUGAUGCUGGCUCCACCCACCCAGGUGAGGUUUGACUCUGUGGACUAUAAAAACAUCCUGUGGUGGGCUCCACCCCCCAACGGCACCUCGCUGCAGUACUACGUCCAGUGGAAGAUCUACGGAGAGCCUCAGUGGUCGGACGUGGACGGCUGCCAGGGGAUCCAGAAGCACCACUGUGACCUCAGCGGCGUGACCUCUGAACCCAGAGAGUGGUACUACGCCCGAGUGCUCGCCUCCGCCCUGCCCUCCCGCAAAUCGGCCUGGGCUCUCUCCGCGAGAUUCAGCCCACGCUGGGACACGACAAUCAGCCCUCCGGCACUGAGGCUGAACGUCACAGCGCAAGGCAUUGUGGUCCGCGUGAAGCCCCCCAAACUGCUCGUCCGGAAGAUGCACAGCAGUCUGCAGUACAAGAUCUACCUCAGACACACCAGUGGAGACGAGGAGGUGUUUGAGAUGGACUGCUGUUUCAACAAGCUGACUCUCAAAGAGCUGAAACACAAGGACAAAUACUGCCUCCAAGCCCAGACCGUGAUGCCCCUCCAGGCCAGGAGCAGCGCUCGCAGCUCGCUGAAAUGUGUCGCUUUGCCCUGAUCCCACAGACGAACUCCACUGACACGAUGCAUUGACUGACCAAACUUUUCAUCAGUUCAGCUCUAAUUAUCCAUCGCUACCUCGACAACUGCAGCCAUAAACGUUUGUGCUAAUGACGCACUUUAUGAUUAAAAGCCUUAAGGAUCUGACGCGUAGCUACAUUUUUGAAUUCUUUCAGCCUCUUGCACUAAAGAAGAGCAUUUAAAAAAUUGUUAAUUGGAAAUCGAAGUUUGCAAAAACUUAACUCGAGGUCCACUUUUUGACCUUUUUGAGAGUCACUGAGCAAACUCCGAGUGCAGAUUAGGACUGUGACGCAGUGAAAAGCUGCUGAGUUCAAUUUUGAUUUGUUUUGCUGCUCAUUUUUGAACUUUCACUUGAGACUCACUACAAUGAACACAGUGAAAUGAACAGGAAUUCUUUAACCAGAAGUCACGUGAUAAGACGUCAGUGAAUCACACAGACAGAAACGCUAACAUACCUGGAUGAGCUUUUUCUUUUAUUAUGGGAUUUAUUAUGGGAAUUUCUUGUCUUAACUUUUUGUUUGUUUACUGUGAACAGAGUAAAAAAAAAAAAAAAAAAAAAAAAAAAAAA